UAAAGACUCACUCCCACUCUUGGACUCAGUUUUUCCCCCUGGAUUUUCCCCACCUGGACUCUGUUCUUCUCAGGAUUUCCACCUGCCCUGUUUCUAGUCUCCAGCCUGCUAUAGCCCCACCUGGACUCUUGUCACCCUCAUUCCAGGAUAACUGCCAGUCCCCUCUGUCUUCAGCUCUCUAUCUGUCCAUCUUGUUUCCCCGCCAACUUCCAGAUUCCCCGUGUCUGCCUACCUUGCCCCAUUAGUCCUGUCCCACACUGGCUUUAAUGUUCUUCUAAUGAAGGGCUGGUGGGAACAGCUGAUGCAUCUGCCAAAUGACUUAGACGAGAUGGGCGUAGUACUGUCCAGAGUGAAUAAUAGUUGCAGAGCGGCCUCCGGAGAGCCUGUCAACACAUUCCAAACAGUGAGCAGCAUCUCUGACAGGGAGUUCAAUAGCACUGACAGCGACCAUUCCUCCAUCAUACCUAUCCCGAACAAAGUGGUGUGUGAGCCAGAGGAGGUGCUAGUUCCCGCUCUUCCAGAAACAGCUUGUGUAGAACGAGGCUACAUCACUCCACAGCAAGUGUACAACCUGCUGAGUGCUGAGGAAGGCCAGCCCGCCUUGUAUGAUCCAUACUAUAUCCUCAUCCUGGACUGUCGCAGUGCAGAGAGGUACAAGGACAGCCAUGUAGUGACGGCGCGGGCCGCUGUGACGGUGAUCCACCCUGAGCUGGGCUGUCUAAUCAGCUGUAUAGAGCUGCAGAAGUACUCCAUAAUACUGCUGUAUGCUGAAGAAGGAUGCAGCCCAGUGGGCAGCGUAAAGGCCAGGGCAGACUCCCCAGACCUCCAUCGCUGUUUUUUCCAGCUCAGUGGUUUGGGAAUGGACCCUGUGAUCCUUCUGGGUGGAUUCUAUGCCUUCCAUGCCCUCUACCCUUUCCUCUGCACACCACGUAUGGUUCUGGUUGAACCUGAGCGGCACACCCUCACCAUCUACCCCUCAGAGAUCCUGGAAGGAGCUCUCUACCAGGGCUCUGCCUCCCAGGCCUCUGACUACUGCAUCAUCAAGAACCUGCAUAUUACACAUGUGGUCAACGCAGCUGCCAACAGCCCCGACGCUUUCCCCAACACGCUGUGCUACCUGAGGCUGCGUCUCAGUGACGACGCCCAGCAGGACCUGGUGGAGGCUCUACCGCUGGCGUCCAGGUUCAUCAACGCAGCCCUGAAGGGCGAUCCUGCAGGCCGCGUCCUGGUCCACUGCAGCAUGGGCAGGAGUCGCAGCUCCGCACUGACACUGGCCUUCCUCAUGGAGCAUCGACAUUGGUCGCUGCUUCACGCCCUGCGCUGGUUGAAGGAAAGGAGGGCAUGCACGGCACCCAACGUGAACUUCCUACGCCAGCUGCUGACCUAUGAGGAGCAGCUGUUUGGGAGCAGACUCACUUCCCUGGAUGACAUCCGGCGAUGACUGGAGGAAGAGGUUCACAAGAUUUCACAAUGAGAAAAAGAGUUUUUCUACAAUUGGGAGAAUGUAUAAGUCAAGCUGACUGAACAGACAAGUGGAUUUUGUACAAAAUGAAAGACCCUAAAAGACUGGAAUGAAGUAUUUCCUCCACAUUAGUAUCACAUGAAGUGUUUCUUGUGCUAUGCCUCAGUAACAAAAGUAAUAAUAUAAUCUCUGUUAUGACAUUUUGCUUGGUGAUAGUUAGAACCUGCACACCAAUAAAGUGUUUUCUUCAAUUGUA